AUGGCCUGGAAUAUAUUCUGUCAUACAAAAUUUCACAGGACCACUUGGAAACUUUUUUUAGUACGGUUAGAUCAAAAGGAGGUUAUAACAACAAUCCCUCAGCAAAGGAAUUUAAAAGAUCAGUACAUCCAGUGGAUGGUACAUCAGUAUGGUAACUGUCUGCCAGAAUCCAUGUUGUCCAAAUCUUACAAUACACCUGACUCAAUAGUAAAUGAGAAAGAAGAACAAUUAGAGAUUGUACCCCAAAACCAAGAUCAUGAUUAUUUUAAUGUUUGUAUAAAAGCUUCCCCAUAUGUUGAAAAUGUCACAGAGUACAUUGCUGGAUUUGUUGCAAGAAAGGUUAUAAGAAAAAUUAACUGUGAAAUAUGUAAAACGUUUCUAAUUGACAAUGACAAUUCAAAUGUGUUAAUUCAAUUAAAAAAUAGAAAUGAUGCACUUUACAAACCUAGCAAAGAUGUUAACUUUAUUUGUUGUGUUUCGGAGAGAUGGAUUCGAAGCUCAAAUUUAAAAGAAAUGUACAAAAAAAAUGUCAUUAAUAAAUUGUACAUAAAAAUUAAAUCUGAAGUAUACAAUUCCAUUUUUCGAAGCAGUAUACUGGAUGAACAUGUAAGUAAUCAGAAUUUAUUUACAAACCACAGAGAUCAGUUAAUAACAAUAAUAAUAACUACUUUUAUAACAUUAAGACUUCGACAUAUCGCCAACCAAGAACAAAAGGAAACAAUGGGAGUUAGAAAAAAAUUUACUAAACUAAUUUUAUUUAGAAAUGAAUAA